CUGCAAGCGUUGUUUGGUGGAGACACCUGGCGGGGUGCGUCGGCAUGCGGCGGCUUUUCCACCCUUGGCGCACACGGCCGCACCGCCUGUCCAUUUCCCCCAGCGCUUGCGAACAAGAGAGACGACGGGCGACGAGCGAGUGUUCGCACCCUGCCUAAAAUAUGACUCACUGAGGGAGGUGUUCCGGCGCACAGUGCAGGUAUUCGCGGGUGUGUCAGUGCGGGCCGAGCGAAAUGGAGGCCGUCGUCGGGCCGUAGCCGAGAGUCAGCCGCGGAGAGUGCGUCGGGAAAUCGGGAAAUUCGGCGCCAAGAUGGCGAACACCAGCCGUGCGAGAGUGAGUGAGAUUCCGCUCGACAUGAGCCUUUGAGGCUGCCCCGCGAGAAUGACGUCGACGCCGAGCGAGAGGAAGCUCGGCAAGGAGCCCGUCUCCUCCGAGAACCAGCAGUAUGUCGGACCCUACCGGCUCGAGAAGACCCUGGGCAAGGGUCAGACAGGGCUGGUGAAGCUGGGUGUGCACUGUGUACACGGCAAGAAGGUCGCCAUCAAGAUCAUCAACCGAGAGAAGCUCAGUGAAUCAGUAUUAAUGAAGGUUGAACGCGAGAUCGCCAUUAUGAAGCUGAUAGAUCACCCGCACGUCCUCGGCCUAACAGACGUGUAUGAAAACAAAAAAUAUCUGUACUUGGUGCUGGAGCACGUCUCCGGAGGCGAACUCUUUGAUUAUCUGGUGAAGAAAGGACGACUCACGCCGAAGGAGGCACGCAGAUUCUUCAGGCAAAUCAUCUCGGCCUUGGAUUUUUGUCACAGCCACUCAAUAUGCCAUCGGGACCUAAAGCCGGAAAAUCUGUUGCUCGACGAGAAAAACAACAUCAAGAUCGCCGACUUCGGCAUGGCUUCGCUGCAGCCGGACGGCAGCAUGCUGGAAACCAGCUGCGGCUCGCCUCACUACGCAUGCCCCGAAGUCAUAAGGGGUGAAAAGUACGACGGUCGGCGGGCGGACGUGUGGUCGUGCGGGGUAAUUUUGUACGCCCUGCUGGUCGGCGCGCUUCCCUUCGACGACGACAACCUGCGCCAACUGUUGGAGAAAGUGAAAAGAGGGGUCUUCCAUAUUCCACACUUUGUUCCGCCCGAUUGCCAAAACUUGCUCCGUGGAAUGAUCGAAGUCAACUCCGAGAAGCGGAUGACGUUGACUGAGAUAAACCGACACCCUUGGGUGACCGCCGGAGGGAAAGGAGAGUUGGAGCUGGAGCUGCCGAUGAUGCAGGUGGUGCAGACACACGUGAUCCCUUGCGUCGACUCCAUGGACCCAGACGUGUUGCAGGCAAUUACUAGUCUAGGCUGUUUUAAGGACCGCGAAAGGCUUAUUCUUGAGCUUCUCAGUCCAAACCACAACACCGAAAAAGUGAUUUACUUUUUACUGCUUGAGCGGAAGAGAAGAAGGCCUGCAUUCGAGGACGACACGGAGGCGAUAAUCCGGAGCCGGACCGAGACCGCAGACCCGCCGAGAAAGCGGGUGGACGCGUGCAAGAUCAACGGCGCGUCGCCCUUCAAGUUCGGUCAAAUUAGUGAAGGCUCGCCCCUGACGCCCAGACGGCAGCACUUUAAACCCGUGAACCUGCUGGAAGGCGGCACUCCGAGGCACCGGCGGUCCGUGAGCGGCACCGGCUCGGUGAACCACCACACGCCACUGCACAGCCACAACAGCUCGCCCGCCGUCUCGCCCCUUCCCACCAGGGCCGCUCACCACAACAGGACAGGGAGUGGUGGCGGCAACUUGUCUGCCAUCGGGCUGGGCAACCUGCUGAGCGCAGCCACCUCUUCCUCGUCGUCCACCCACACGACCAACGAGUCGUCCGAGCAGUCGUCCACAAUCAUGCCUACGCCCCCUGGCUCGCCACACGCCGGCCACCACUGGAGAACCAGACUCACCACCAUCAAGAACUCGUUUCUCGGCUCGCCACGCUUCCACAGGCGCAAAAUGCAAGCGAGUUCCGAGGAAGUGCACCUGACGCCUGAGUCAUCGCCUGAGCUGACCAAGAAGUCGUGGUUCGGGUCGCUGAUGGCCACCGAGAGGGACGAAACGUUCACCAUUUUGGUGAAGGGCAAGCCUUUAGCCUCUGUCAAGGCUGACCUCAUUCAUGCCUUUCUUUCAAUUGAAUUUUUCCAGAUUACUGAGCUGAGCCACAGUGUGUCUAGCCCGAUGUCCUUCAAGGUGGAGUACAAGAGGGGCUCCACAGGUCCGGCCAUGUUCCAGCGACAGGUGCGAUUCCAGGUCGAUAUCUCCAUGGUCAACAGACCUGAGGAGCCAGUCGAUUCUCUCUACGCCAUCACCUUUACCCUCAUUUCAGGGAACAUUCGCCGGUUCCGCCGGGUGUGCGAGCACAUCCAGGCGCAGGUGUGCAGCAGGCGGCCGCCGGCGUCGCCGCGUGCGCAGCGCAAGGUGGCCCCUGAGCUGAGCGAGAGCUCGAGCUGCGGCUCGGACACUUCCGAGCGGCUGUCGCCGUACCCUGGCACGAGACAGAUCGAGUCUGACCUGGAGAGCGAGAGCUCGGUAUUCGACAACAUCAAGUCUCCGGGCCGGUCGCACGACCCGUGCUCGUCGAGCCUCAUGACGACGUCACUGGAGGUGGGCUCGUCGACGUCGAGCAGCAGCACCACGACCCUGGUGGUGCCGUCGUCGUCGUCGGGCCUGCAGGGCGGCCCCGGGGGCCCAUGAGGCUACGCACCGUCUUUUUGGUGCUAGUUUACGACGCAGCUCGAGUUCACCGUCGCGUGUGAAUCGCCGCCGCCGUGUAAACUGACGCCGAAAAGCAGCAGCAGCCGCGGACACUCAUCAUUCCUGCCAUGACGAGUUGAUGGUCAAACUCUCACAUCCACUUUACCCAAGACAGAGACACGCAAACAAUGAACACUCUCUCUUGUGCAUACUGAUUAUUAUGCGAUAUGAAGUAUAGAAGAAAUUUACCCCCGUAGGCCCUUCCAGACCGCGUGGCGAAUUCUUUGGCCCGACGAUUUUACCGGCCUGACGCUGAGCCGCUCGUAAUUAAAUUCAAUUAUUUUGCAUUAGAAACUGGAUAGGAAAUUGAUUUCAAUUUGUCGAUUCUUUCAAUCUUGAGCCCCUGCCCAGCAGCUCAGCAAGGCCGUCUGAUCGGAGCCGGUCAAAAAUGUGCCAAAUCGCCUGGAAAAGCUGGAAAGCGUACAUAUUGUUGACGUUGAGUUGGUGCAUUAAGUUUGCGAGGAGGUAGUUUGUUCGUUUUGUGCUUGUUGAAGGAGUGAUUGCUACUAAGUCAGUCAGACAGACACACACUCACUGAUAAAAUAGUCAUUUUGCCGACCGCACCUUGUACCCAAAGGCUAUGCAAAUAUUAUUCUGUUGCCGCGUGAGUCGAAUCACAAGCGUAAUAAUCAAAUCCCGCCGUGUUGUUAUCAAGAGCAAUUAUUGUAACCGAUAAAAACAGUUAAACAAAACAGUUAGGGAUAAUCCAUCACUCACAAAAUAAAUCGAUACUUUUGUAUGUUUGGAAAUGAGCAAGGAAAUGCACAUUCACAAGUGUGAAAGGGACGCCUUCCUAUAUUCUUACUCUUUUGCAGUGGCAUCUACAACGAUAAAUUUCACUAUUUCACUUAUUUCUCAAGGUCAGAUGAUGAUAAGAGGGUGAAUACAGUAAAAAAUCAAUAAAUUUUUCCCUCCAGAAUAUAGGUUAAUGAAACUUCAAAGAGAACUUCAUAUUUUCAUUUUCUAAACCACGCAAAAGAGUGUGGCAAUUAAUUAGGAAGGCGGCUUUUAUGUUACGUUACAUAAACCCCACUGCUGAUAAUGAGCUUAUUAAUGGUUGAAUAUUCGUCAAACGUCAAGGGGGUGAAACUUUCCGUUUUCCUGUCUGAAAGCUUAUUUUCGUAUAGCUCGAUCAGUUUCAUCAGCUUCAAAGCAUAUUAGCCCGUGUAAACCUAAAGGUUUUGUGCUGACCAAGCCACACAAAAUGCUCAGCCCUAGUUAAUUGCGUUGCUUGUUUUCAUGAUCUCUUUCCAAACUGUUAAACAAUCCUAGUGUGUCUCUAAACCAAUUAGCCGGAAUGCCAAAAUCACGAAGCUCUAUUAGAACAAGCAAGUAACGCUGCUGACGAUUUAGAACGGUAGUUUGAAAAAAUUAAUAAACGCAUAAACCUAAUAAGUGUAUGUCCAAAAGAGGAGGAGAUUAUUAUAUAAAAAUCAUCUUUGGAAUAUAAUAAUUAUUAUAAUGAUCGUUGCGCGAGUUUGAGAGGGACCCGCAUCUGGACGCGAACAAACUGAUGCGAAACAGCUCGAGCUUUUAAAAAUAUGACAAACUCAAGUAGCUGGUCGAUAUAAAAUAUAUAUAUAAAUUUUUUGCUUGGAUAGUCUUUUGUAUAAAAAAGCGUAGCUCUCAAUUGUGAAAAGGCGAUCUAGACAACACCCACUCACACACUACGUUUUCUGAUUGAGAGUGAUCUCAAAUCGUCCAUUAAGAUUAAUUGAAUACUCGAUGACUCAAUAAGCGAUAUGUACUCGUCGUGGUAUGUAUGAUAAUUAUUAAUUAAUUGCCGUCAGAUCAGAUGCGAAUCACUCUCGAACCUGCAACUCGGUUAACACGCAAAUGGAGUGAAAAGGAGAAUCUCUAUCCUAUGUGCUGUACAAAAUCUAAAAUCUCAUCACUGCAAUAAGAAAGUAUAUAACAUCUCACAAGCAAAGUGCUAGGAGAAAACGCAGAUCACAGUCCAACUAUUACGUGUGUGUUGUACAUUAUAUCAAAAGAUAAGCAUUGCCUUUUUAACUUAAUUCACAAUCAUACGAAUCAUAAAAGGAACCCCUGUUGAUUUGAUGCAAUCGGUGGUUUCUUUGGUUUCGGAUCUGAACGCUCUCGGCUGCAUUAAUUCGUUUUCUUACAAAAAUUAAAAUUUAUUUUGCCACAGGAAUUUUAAUUAAAUACAAUUUGUGUAAAUUUGAAUUAUUGCUAGAAUUUUUUGGCCGCCAGAAAGAAAAUGUAUUAAUGCGGAGGCGGGAGUUGAAAAUAAAUAAAGUGCCCAUAGUAUCCACUCGCUGAUUUGCGAUUUUCUCCACAAAAAUACUCAUCAAACUUCAGGAUCAUAUCUGUUAGACAGAGUGUAUAGUGUCUCUCGUACACGCGCACUCCCCAUCUCUGCUCCAGCAAGAGAAAAGCGGCCAUUGUUACAAUGAAAAAGACGACGUUUAUACAUAUAUGCAUUGUAAGCCAUAAAUGCAAUUGUACGUAUGAUCGCACUGGUGUAGUUCAAUGUGGAAAGCGUGCCGAUCGAGUGAAAGGAAGCAAGACAUAAUAAGUGGAGGAGUGUUAAGCAGCAGAGUUAAUAAGAAACACUAAUAAUCGCGAGUUGUGCAUUAAAAUGAUGUAUAAGAAUACCACAUUUUCAGAGGUCAAAAUGAAGUCGGUGUAUGUUUUUUGCUCUGUGAUAUAGCGCUGAAACAAUUUUUUGCCUAAAUGACCUGUUUGCAAGUGGGAGACAUUUUUAAGUGUGCGUUUGCGAACCAAAUCAAUUAUCAAAUUAUCGAGAGAGGCGAAUAAUCGCAGUCAAGACGAAUAACGAAACCACACGCAUGAUUAUAAAUUUAAAUCAAUCCUAUCCUUUCGAAAUCGAUGUUGCAUCGUAAGAUAUUUUGUCUUGUCCCUUCUUCUUGGGUUGAAACUUUUGCCGCAGCUUCUGAGAAUAAGAGCAGCAGUAAAAAUGGUGAACAUGCCUGAGCACUUGAUCCUCAUCAAAUGACCUUUUUUGAGUCGGUGAUAUUGUAAGUGAAAUUAUUAUUCCUAUAUAAUGUUUCAAAUUGCGCUGAUUGCACUUCGAUGGAGAAUACAAAGCAGAAGCGUGUGUAAGUAUAUUGAUUUCUUUCGCAAAAGAUAUAGGCCAAAUCAACUAAUGAAUCCACACACAACCACCAAAAUGUGACAUGUGUACCAAACAAUCGCCCACUAUAUUUGUCGCUGUAGUGAAAAUUCGCAAUCGCAAUUUGUUGAUCAUGCCCUGAUAUCAGAUUUGGCCAAACCUAUUUCUUUGUGAAUUAUCAAUCAGUUCUCACCAAUAAAUUUGGCACAACCAGAUAUAA